ACGUAUAGCUACGUAAUUGAUAUACGUGUUUAUCGAUAAACUCAUUUUCAUAGCAUCGUGAAUUAUGAUAUAUGAUUUGAAUAUAGCAUAUUUUAUUCAUUUUGAUAUUGAUUAUUUUUGGACGCUAAGAAGUGAAGAAUAUAUAGAGUAUAUAAAUAUGUAAUUUGGAUUUUAAAGACGCAAUUAAUUUUUAACAGGAAGAGCGAUGUGAAAACGAAAGUAGGAAAACGAAAACACCGAAAACAAAAACGAAAAUAAAUUGAAGAAAUGGUAGAAUUAUGGCAGAAAGUCACCAGGAAAACGUAGAACUAGAUGACGACAGAAAAAUUAUUGUCGGCAAUUUACCAGAACACUGCCUUGAGGAGGAAUUAUUGGUGAACUAUUUUGAAAGUAGGAAACAGUUUGGUGAAGGCAUUGUAGUAGAAGAUGUAAAAUUCGAGGAUAAUGAAGCGGUGAUCACCUUCCAAAAAGCAUCAGAUGUAGACCAGGUUCUUCAGCGACAUGAAAUUGAACCGUGUAAAUUUGUUCGCUCAAUAUUGACCAUAAAAGCAUUUAAAUCUUGCUCGGACAACGAUGCGGUUAACAGCGGAUCAUUUACUGUUAUUCAAGAUGAUUACCGUAGCUUUGUGGAUGAUGGAGCCGGUCGCUACGGUAGCUUACAGCACUGCGACAGUCUCUCAUCGUUAAACAGUUCAAUAAGUAAAUCAAGUUUUGACAGCAGUGAGUUGUUUGGUUAUGGAGGAACUGGACAUAAAAUUUUCAGUAAAGAAUUCAAAGAGGUUCACUUGGUCUACAGACAACAAGGUCAAGACAAUACUGUUCUUAAACUGAAUGAGACUGAUGUGUCGCCAGUGGUUGUCAGUUAUGCUGCAACCACGUGCUCAGUCACCGGAAGUACGCAGACAAAGCAAGCAGACAGGCAAGGUCCAGUUCAUACCAAUCAAGAAAUGUCUCCAACAAUACUCCAAGACGUCAUGCGAGUUCAGUUUGGCGAUGAAGUGAAAGUUAUUACAAAUAUACAAACAUCAAACAUAACUAUCGAUAUAGGUAAAGUUCAAGUUACGAGUGGAGAAGAUUUCCAAAAUGCCGUGGUUGAAACAAUGAAGACUCUCGAAAACCACGUCAAUGUCAAGCUACAUAGGCUAGAUGUUGAGAGACUUGAUUUAGCGUUAAGACAUUUUGAACAUAUACUUAAUAAAAAUCAGACGAUAAAAAUAUAUACAGCAGAUGACGAUUUUUCAUUCUUUAUAGCGUACCAAACCGAAAAUGAAAAAGUUCGCAUUGAAACACACAUUGCAAUCGUUUCAAAAGAAGAAAUCAUCAAACACAAGAUGGAGUUACCCUGGACAGACGUUUUCAAGAUUGAGGCAAACAGGAAACAGUUAGAUUUACAAAGUGCAAAGACCACGUGUAACAAGAAUUGCAUUACCAUUGAAGGUUUUAAAGAAGACGUAUUAUCAACGAAUGUCUUUAUAAAUAAAAUACUGCAUACCUCACACUGCGUUCCGAAAAAGCUGGAUGAAUUUGUUGUCAAUCUUCUGAGUGAAAAAGACAUCAUUGAGGAUAUUGAAAAGUUGUUAAGUCUGACGGGUACAAAGGUUUGGUGGACUAUUUCAGGCCGUUUUCUCAAUGUUGUCGCAACACAAAAAGAUCACGCAAGUAAAGCUGUAGAGGAGAUUGAGAAGUUCUUUAGCAAACAGAGAAUUGAAUUGAAAGACUAUCUGAUAGAUUCGGAUAAAUGGAAGAUAACAAAAAGCCUGGCUUUAGUUAAUAAUAAAAAGCGAUUGUGUAUUGACGACACUUCCGAUAAACCUUUUGUCAUUAUAAAAGGGACCACAGAGUGUUGCAAAAUUUUUGUGGACAUUACAGAAGAUUUUAAAAAGCAAAACCUUCGUGAAAGAAAAUCCGUUACGAUGACUAAGGCAAAAUGUGGCUUCAUAUUGAAACAUCACAAGGAAAUAUUUGCGGAUAAAGCAGAAGUAGAAUUUUAUAAGAUUGAACGCGGUAAAUGUCAAACUGAACUGAUAGUAGAAGCGACACAAGGUGGUCAUGAUAUGAUUGCAUCAAAAUUAAAAGAAAUAACUACGCUGAUGUUUUGGAUAUGUGACGAGAAAGAUGAGAAUUUGCUCAGGACGAUAUCUCAGAGCAAUGAUUUUAGAGUACCGGGAACAAUGGAUAUUUUCGAAAAUAAAACUGAAAUAAUUUUCAAAACUGGAAGAAUUGAAAAUGAACAGGUUGAUGUGAUUGUAAAUUCCGCACCAGAACAUUUAAAUCUCGGUACAGGGGACAAAACCAUUACUCAAUCCAUUAGCAUUGCAGCUGGAGCAAAAGCACAGACAUGUCUAGAGAAUGUUAGACGACCUGUUAAAGUCGGUGAUGUAAUAAAAGGUGAUGCUGGAACAUUGGCAUGUAAAGCUGUAUUCCAUGCUGUAUUGCAACACUAUGAUCCCGACAAUAAACCAUUAAGCCUUGAGAUUCUGCGAAACGUUGUAAAUACGUGUCUCAAAAAAGCAACAACGGAAGGUUUUGCCAGUUUAGCAUUUCCAGCGCUCUGUACAGGAGUACACAACUAUCCUGUAAAAACUGUUGCCCAAAUCAUGUUUGAUUCAAUCACAAAGUUUAUAUGCCAGACUGAAGAGACUUCGUUGAUGAAAAUCAUCAUUGUCUUCCUAGAUAGCGAUAAACAGAAGAAAAAGGCAUUUGAAGAUAGUAAAAAAGAUCAUGAACAAAUUUUGGCAGAUAUGCAAGGAAAACACAUGAUAAAACCUGCAUUAUCAUGGCCAUGUCGUUUUAAUUGUCACAUUACGGCGGCCACGAAGGAAAGUGUCACUGAAAUGGUAAAACAAGUAACUGCAGAGCUUAACGAACAAACAAUGGUUAAACGACUAGAGCAAACGCAAUGAUUUGAUGUAAUGUGUGAAAGUUAACGUCUGGAAACCAAAUAUAGUAUAAUCUCAUUAUCUCAUGUAUUGUAAAUACCAUGCCAUCCCAUUUUGACUCAAACUUUGGGAUUUAGCCCUUAAUUUACUUUCAUAAAAUUUACCAUUUCAUGUUAAAUGUUGAGUACUGCUUAAACCGGUGCUAGGGUGCGUGGACGGUAGCUUGCACUUACCACUCCAUGAACAGGCUCUGCAACAUUUACAAUGUUCAAUUGCUGUUUUGGACCUUCUAUAGGGAUUCUCUUUAUUUUGUUCAUCUCCUAUUUU